AUGAGUCAUUUUGCAAGAUUAGUAGAGUUGUUGAAUGAAAGUGCAAAAAAUUAAUAAAAUUCAGAAUUAAACCAAUUAGUACAAAUACUUAUUUAAUUUUCAUUUCCUCAACAUACUUAUUAGAUGAUUUGCAAUUCUAUCUCUUUAUUGAUUGCUAAAACAGGAAAUGAAUAAAUUAAAUAAGUAGUUGAAGCUUUAUUGUAAUAUAUAAAUAAGAAGGGAUCAUAAAAAAGUAUUGCUUUAACUUUACUUGUUACAUUAAUUUAACUAACUAAACAUGAAAUUCAAUCAUUUUCCUAUACUCUAACUUAGGAUAUUAGUACUGCUUUAAUGAAAUUAUUAAAGAACUCUGAUUAUCGUUUGCUUCUUUGUAAUUCAUUGAAAUUCUUAAUUGAAUCAUAAAGGAAUGAAAUUCUUAAAAUAGCCUUGAAAUUUACAUUAAAUGAGAAACAUGAAAUUCUCUAAUAAGCAGGAAUGCAAACUCUAAUACAUUUAAUGGAAAAUGAAGUAAUAUCAGAACAAAUGUAUUUAAUAGCCUAUAAAUCAGAUGAUUCGUCUUUAUUUUAUAAAUAUUUUGCUAGAUACUUAUUUUAAUAAUAAAAUAUAGUGGCUUUAACUAAAAAAGAUAAAUUAAAGUAGUAAGUACAACUUUAACCAAGAGAACAAGCAUAAAAAAUAUUUUAAUUAUUUGAUGAAAAUUUAUCUAAAUUUCCUUCAAAUAUAGUAGGAAACAUAUUUCUGGCUUAUAAAAAGUAUAAUAUAUACUUAAUAUAUAAGAUAUUUGACUUAUGAAUUCAAAAAAUUAGGACUUUCAAUAAUUAGAGGAUCAUUUGAAAUAUCUUGUUCAUAUUUAGGAUCGAUGUAAUUAGAUGAUCCAUAUCUUCAUACUGUUUAUAAAAAGUAUCUAAUAAUUUAUAAUAAUUUAGAACAGUUAAUUUAUGUCUAUUUAUGGUUUAACAAGUUUAAUUGAAUGAAAGAAAGGAUAUAUUGGAGUAUUUCUUUGAUAAAAUUUCUAAAGCAAAGAGUUAGAAAUGGAAUGUUUAUAUAUAUAAAUUACUUUUGAAAGGAAUGAAUUUCUUAUUUGAUACAUUAGGUUCAAAUGUAUUUGAUGAUAAAAGAACAAAACCAUCUGAAUUUAUAGAUAUAUUAACUCCUAUUUUUAAAAUAAAUGAUAUUUUAUAACAUCCAAUGAGUAUAGAUAAACCUAUUUGUAUUAGUGUAAGUAGAAAUUUAUUCAAUACUUUUGAAUCUUUAUUUUAAGAAAAUAAAAAAUGGUAAUAAAGUAUUUUAUCAGCCUUACUUAAUUAUGCUAAAAUUACAUUAGCAGAACUUAAUGUUAAAGAAACUAAUUAAUAAAUAAAUUAAUUAAGAGUUUAAUGUGCAUUAUUAUCAAAAUUAUUCUCUUAAUUAGAUUUAUAAUUACAUUCAAUAUCAAGUGAAUUAAUAAAUCAUUUAUGGGAAACUGCAAAAUCAUUUCUAGAUAAAUCUUCAUAAUUAAGAAGAAUUGGUUGGAUCAUAAUUGCAGAAUUAUUAAUGGUUCCAUAUUUUGGAACAACUAAUAAAGUAAAGGAAAUUGGAAUAUUAAUUGAAAAAAACUUAACUUCUAAAGAUGAAAUAAAAGAUGAAUAAUAAUUAUAAAGUUAUUGUAGUGUUGGUCUUGUUAUUAUUUCAAUAUUAAAUAGUAGUUCAUUAUCAAAAUAAAUUAAGGAUACUACUAGAAAGUUUUUGGCUUAAUAAACAAUUUUAAUGUUUAAUAAAUUAUAAUAAUGUAAAUUUGAUAAAUAAUCACCAUUUGUGAUAUCAUCUAAAUAUAUUUUUUAUUAGGCAAUUAGAUAAAUUCAACCAAAAUAUUAUUCUAAUGAAUUAAAUUCACUUGUAUAAUUUUGUCUUGAAGAUAUAAUAAAUGGUAAUUCAAUUUGGAAUUAAGUAAAUGUUCAUAAAAAUAAUCAUUAUGUUGAUGAACUUUUGGGAAUUCCUAGAUCAGAAUUUUAGUUAGUUUUAGCAGCUAGUAAAUUUUUAGGUCAUAUUAUAUCUUCAUAAUCAUUUACUCUAAAAAAUAAAAUUAAUUUUAUUAGAUAUGUAAAUGGUACUUUAUAAACAUAAGUUAUUAACAUAAAAGAAGUUUAAUAAAAAUAAUCUAAAUAAUAAUGUUAUUUAUUUUGUCUUUAUUAAAUUGCACUUAAAAUAUAUUAAGCAAAUACUAUUGUAUCUCAAGAAUUUAAUGAAUAAAUAUUUUAAGUUAUUAAUUUAUGUUAAUGUGUUGAUAAUUAAAUUUAAUAAUUAUGUGCUUACCUUUAUUGUUCAAUGUUAUAAAUUAAAGAUGUUGAUUAAGUAGAAUAAUUAAAUUAAUUAUUAUCUUAAAAAUCAUAAGCUAAUUAUACCUAUUUGGUUUUAGAGAUUCUUAAAAAGAAACUUACUGGAGUAUAAUUAUAAGUUUAAAAUCUUCUUAUGAAAGUAUUAUCAUAAAUGACAACUGAUGUGGCUAAAGUUAUUUAACUCUUUUAAUAGAUUGAUCCAAGUUUACUCAAAAAUGUUUGGGUAUUUCUUGUAUUUGCAAUAAGUUAAAGUGAUAAACCUAUUUAAAUAUGUUAAUUUAAAAUACUUUCUGGAAUUAUUUUGAAUUAUAUUAGAAAUGGAGGAAUUAAGGAUAAUUAUUUUAAUAUCAUCUAUCAAGAAUGUAGAUGUAGAUUAUAGUCAAAACAAUUCUAAAUUUUAUAAUUGGAUUUUGCAUUAGAAUAAGAUACAGAAUAAACUGUUACAAAAGCUAUUAAUUUAUUAUUAAAAAAACCUUCUUAUAAAAUAGCAGUCUUUAUAGAUUAAUUAACUGAUAAAUAUAACAUGCCCUCAUUAGUUUAACCUAUUUUAUUUGUUUUAAAUAAUUUAUUUUCUAAUUAAAGAGUUCAUUCCACAAGUGAAGAAAUGGAACUUCGAAAUCUAAUGAAAAAUAUAUUCAUUAAGGUUUAUAAUCAACCUAUUGCAGAGUUACUUUAACUUUUAUAACCUUAUAUUUUAGAUGAAGUGAUACCUGAAUAAUAAGAGAGAAUACCAAUCCAUAUAAAAACAAGAAUCUUUCUCUUAAAAAGAUUGUAAAAGCUAUUUAAAUAAUGUGAUACUUCAAAUUAAGUAUUUGAUUUUCUAUUCAAAAUUACAACUUCAAUAUAUGAGGAAGCUAAGGAAAUAUCAUUUGAUAUGUUCUAACACUUUUUUUACAAGGAAAAGGAUUUAUUAAGUUUUGCAGCUUAAAUAGAUUCAAUAUUAUGUGAUACAAUUAGAAGGGAAAAUCAAAACCCUCCUUCAGUAAAUCUAACAAAUAUGAAACUUAUCAGUAAAUUUGCUAAAAUUGUAAAAGAUGAAUUUUUGGCUACAAAAUUAAUUUAAUUAUUAUCUAAACCUUUGUUAAAUGAAUGCAAAAAGAAAUUAGUACCUAGCUAAUUUUUUAGUGAAAAGUCAUAGCUCAAUAUUCUAAUUUAAAGAAUAGUUUCAUUGGGAAGUAUAUAUAGAAAAAUACCUAAUUACUUUGAUUAAACUCUUAUAGAAUAAUUAAAAUGUUAUGUAGAAGAAUUAUUGGAAGAUAUAUUUAUAAUUCUAUGUACACCAAGAUCUCAUAUAAGAGAAUUUUAGUCUUAUAAUUUUAUUUACAAUGGAAAAAAAUAUAGCUAUGAUCAAGGAUUUCUUCAUUAGUCAUUACCAAAACUAUUGAGAAUAUCAAACCUUGAUAAGCCAAUCCACUUUACUUUAAUUGGAUAUAUAAUUACAUAAUAUGUAAAAUUAUUAUUUAUCAUAUGAAGGGAGCAUUUGAAUAAAAUGAAAAUAUGUUUAAGAAAACUAUAGAGGGUCUUACUAAAGAAAGAAUUUUAUAAAGUAGAACGUAUAGAAUAAAGGGAAUACAAUUACUAACUGAAGUUAUCAAUAAAAAUCCACAAAAUUAAUUACUGAUAAAUGGAAUUCAAAGUUUAUUACCUAUUAUUGCUGCAGAAGCACCUUAUUCUUUAGUAAUUUGUUAGCAAUUUUAUUAAAGUCUUAUUCAUCAUUAAAUUGAAUUCUAACUAAUACUUGAACCUUUGAUUCAAAUUUAUUAAUUGACAGUUGAUUAGAAUUAAAAAUUAAAUUGUUUAGCAUCUUUAUUAAAAAUAUCUUAAUAAAAUAAUUAGGCUUUAGAUUAAAUCAAUAUUAUAUUUUGGGAUUUUUUGUUAACAUAAGAAUAUGAAUUUAUGAGAUGCACACAAUUAAUUUAAUUUUAUAAGGAUAAAAUAUAUAGUAUAAAAUAUAGUGGUUAUAUAUAAACAAUUUUAUAAACAAUAUCUAAUACCUAAAAAAUGAGAUAAGAGGAUUAUUACUUAUUAUUAAAUUUAGAUAUUUUAAUCAAUAAUCAUUAAGAUAAUUAGAGAUACUAUUAAAUAAUUGACAGUAAUACAAUUUAUUAUUAUUAUAAUAGUUCAUUUUACUAAUCUAAUAUAGAUUGCCUUAGCCUUAAUUAAAUAAAUUAAAUAGAAUGUUUAACCAAUUUUAAACUCAUUACUUCCAGCAAUAUAUCGUAAAAUAUCUAUUAAAGAAAUUGAUUCAUAUAUAUUGAUAGGAAAGUUUUUAUUACUCAGUUAUUUAUUGAGCAAUUAAAAAUUAUUAUUAUUUUAGAGUACUUUCAGAAUUAUGUAUCUUUUCACAGAUGAAAGCUUGGAUUCUUCAAUUGUUGAAGCUUCAAAAUAAAAUCUAAAAAUCAUAUUGAUUAAUACUUAAAUGAAUUAGGUGAAUUUACCAGAUGACUUAUCUGAUAAAGUUUAAUUAAUUUAAGAAGAUAUUUAAAGAGAAAUGUAUAUAAAAUAUCUAUAACAAUAGGUAAGAAAAAUAAUAGAGAGAAGCAAAAUAAAGAUAACCUUAGCAAUCUGGUUAAAUAGUAUUAAAGAUGUUUGGGUGA